UACGCAAGCGCCCCAUACGAACGCGUUAGUCGCGCGUUAGCCAUUGCCGGUUUCGCACAACUUCGUUCGCUUAUCACGUGCUAUCAACACGCGAUAAAUGGCGCCCAAACUGGGAUCUCGUUAUCGCGGGUGACUCGUGGUGAGCAGCGGACGGCCGCGGCGCAAUCACACAUGCUGACGAUAUGGUAUACUCAAACGCUAAUGGAUCGAUUCCAAUGGAAUUUUCUUUUUGCAUAUUUUGGAAGCAGAGCUGAGCUUAUUUUUAAUGAUACAGUAUGGCCGCGGCACAUUGGCUCAACUCGCUCGGAUACCUGUCGCUGUCGGUACUAUGUCUCCUCGCCACUACCCUUCAGGUCACAAGCGUGCUCGCGGGAGAGACCACGGAGCUCUCGAGUCUGGCCUCGCUCGACGAACCCUCGCCUACUAAGCUUCCAAAGUGCGACCGUACGUUCGUGAGCCGCGGCGGCGCCAGCAACGGCACUUUCCACGCUCCAGAACUCCUCAACCCGAACAACCACAGCCGGCAGUGCCUGUACACGUUCCUAGCGGCCCCGGGGCAGCGCGUGCUGGUGGAGUUCCGAACAUUCGACCUGCGAGGGAAGCCACCAGAUGGAGCGGCAGUGGGCGAGCUUCCAGCAUGCAUGCACGAACACAUGGACAUCUACUCAGAGAUGGCGUCACUGGAGACGGGGGAGCUGGUCAACUCCGCCUUCGGUGGACGUUUUUGUGGACCGAUCCCACCACGCCGCCGCGUAUCCCUUCACCGAGCAGUCGCGCUCGCAUUUUUUACAGAUCAUACGUAUACGCCGCCCACGCUCUUCGCAGGAACCUAUCGAUUCAUCAACGCUUCGGAAUUCGAGGUAGGGACGCCAGUCCCGAACACGAUGUGCUCGUUUAUAAUCGAAUCGAGCAAACGCAAGACGGGGCUGUUGCUGUCUCCGACCUACCCCGGCGUCUACCCCAAGGACGUAACAUGCAACUAUCAAUUCGUCGGCCAAGCGGGCCAACGCAUUCGCCUCGAAUUCCGAGACUUCGACCUGUUCUUCGGCGGACCUCACUGCCCGUUCGACUGGGUGCGCGUGUACGACGGGCCCGACAACUCGUCGGCCGUCAUCGGCACGUACUGCGGGCAGCAGCGCAACCUCGUGCUAUACUCCAGCGACGAGCGCCUACUAGUCACCUUCUUUACUUUGCCGCGAUCGGCCAACACGCAGAACCGCGGUUUCAAGGGUAUCUUCGAGUUUUCAGAGAGUUUUGUUAAGUUAGAUUUUAUAAGUAAACACGAUGCCGAACACAUUAGAGGUUCAGAAUGCGAUCAGAAAAUACUUAGUAAAAAGGAAUCUACAGGAUUCGUGUACCAUCCAAAUUAUCCAUUUCCCUAUAUACAAAAAGUUGUUUGUAGAUAUUUUAUAUACGGUAUGCAAGACUCACAAAAUUUGGAGAGAGUUCGAUUAGAGUUUCAGAACUUUUCUAUACCGAAGGGAGAAAAGCCAAAACCUGAUUCAUGCCAAGACGGUUAUCUGAAAGUUUACUUGCGUGGUCAAGAAGCAACAGACUCGUAUGAUAAGCACGACGCGGAAUUGUGUGGAGAGGGUUCUCCCGAUCCCGUUUACCCCCCACCACUACUCUCAGAUGGACCCCGUCUAGUCAUGGUGUUCAGUUCCGGUGAACUCCAGGGUCGCGGUUUUAAAGCUAAAUAUACAUUUGAGACUGAAUACCGAGUACCGGGUACUGCAGCACCGGGCGGCGAGUGUGCGUUCACAUAUCGUUCGGAAGCUAAGAAACGCGGCGAUUUUAACUCCCCCCGCUACCCCUCGAACUACCCCUCUCGUACCAAUUGCACUUACACCUUGGUUGCGACGCCCAAUGAACAGGUCACCGUCGUCUUCGAUCAUUUCAAAGUCAGAGCUGACUCGUGGAAUGCUACUGCAGGAUUAUAUGGCGGCGCGACUUGCAGCGAGGACUGGGUGGAGGCGUGGUGGACGGGUCGCGAGGGAAGUCGCGUACCGUUGGGCCGUUGGUGCGGACCCGCCACACCCGGUCCGCUGCAGUCACCUCGCGGAGCACUGGGGCUUCUCAUUGCAUUGCACACCGACUAUGACUCAGUGGCCUCAGGGUUUAAAGCGCGCUAUGUGUUUGAGCCCGCGAAGUCAAUCUUCGGCGACUGCGGUGGCAACGUGUCGGGCUCGUCGUGGGGCGCGGUGUCGUCCCCGCGCUACCCGCUGCCGUACGAGGCGCCCGCGCGCGGCGCAGCCUCGCGCGUUUGCAACUGGUUCAUCACCGCGCGACCCGGCCGCCGCCUGCUCAUUAAUUUUGACCACUUCGCCGUCGAAGGUCAUCUCACUGAGCGCGGUUGCCCUGCGGCGGUGCUACGUCUGUGGUACGAGAGUCCGGGUCCGCCGCUGGAGCUGUGCGGCGAGAAGGCUCCCGCCGACCGCUGGCAGUAUCUCUCAUCCUCCAACUCGAUACGACUUUCGUUCAUAAUAGCGGACAAGUCGGUGGGUGCGGGAGGGUGGCGCGCGGUGUGGACGGAGGUGACGGUGGGCACAGGGGAGGACUGCCCCGCCGCCUGCGCCGGCGCCUGUCUGCCGCCCCGCGCCUCCUGCUCCGGCCUGCAGCACUGCGCCGGCCAGUCCCCCAUUCGCCCCGCGCAUUGCGAGAGUGCGGGUGCGGCGAGUGGAGGCGGGAGUGCGGUGUGGUGGGCGGCGGGGUGCGUGGGCGGCGGCGCGCUGGUGCUGGCGGCGUGUUGGCGCCGUCGCAGGCGCACGCCGCGCCGCCCGCCCCCGCCGCCGCGACCACCACCCCGUGCCGUCGCUGCCAGGCUCGCCGCUCCGCCGGACACAGUGUGACGCGCAA